AUGGUCUGCUCAAUCUGUAACGAUCUCCGCGGCCAUGGGGAUAUUCGAGAUAAAGCCUUGAAAGGCAACCGGAUCCAUAAAGUGUCAGGCUUAUUAUGGGACAAAUUCCAAAGCUCUGCAGCCUCUUGUCGCUCUUGUAAGGUCCUCUUGAUCGGGUGCCAAGGCUGCUUCGCACAGCAUAAUGUUCACGAGUUCAAUAUCAUCCACUGCGAAAUAGAAUUCUUCUAUAUGUUGCCGGCUAACUUCGAGGAUGAAGAAGCAACCGACGUUAACAAACAUAUCCGAUUCAACAUGAAUGACGGGAGUCGUUUUGAAGUCGAGAUAUUUUCGCUUGAGGGCGAUCCCAUUCCUGCCACUUGGGAAUCGAUACCUACCAUGCGCAGAACAUCAAAAGGCACUGAUUCGGAUACCGCUCUUGACACUAUCAAGUCAUGGAUUGACAUAUGCCUGGGAAGCUCGCAUGGGUUUUGCGAGUCUCCUGAAGAGCCAUUGCUCCCGAGCCGGGUGUUAUAUCUUGAACACGAUAAAGACGUCAUCCGACUCAUUGAGUCCAAGAGCCAGCUUGCAAAUUAUACAGCCCUGAGUCAUUGCUGGGGCCGAAAACAGAUCAUAACCAGCACAAAAGCGACUCUUGCCCUUCCGCCAGACAGGGAUAUGCUUUCGAACACCUUUCGAGACGCAGUCUUACUCACCAGAAGGCUCGGUAUCAAGUACAUUUGGAUCGACUCUUUGUGUAUCAUCCAAGAUUGCAAGUCUGACUGGGAAGCGGAGUCUGCAAAGAUGGCCGAUGUUUACAGUAACGCUUACUUGACCAUUGCUGCCACGCAAUCACACGAUGGCGAUGGUGGACUAUUUGUCAAGACACCGGACUUCGAGGUGUCAGACACUACCUUGUCUUCAACAUCAGUGGACCAUCAUCUUGAGGUUGUCACCGUCGUUGUAACGGCAGACCAAGGAGAUCCUACAUCCUCUUUUCAUCCUUUGCUUACUAGAGCUUGGGUUUACCAGGAGCGUAUGCUUUCGACCCGCGUUCUUCAUUUCGGUCCCCACGAGAUAUUCUUCGAGUGUCGUUCUGACCUGUUCUGUGAAUGCGGCCGGAUCCAGUACUACGGGUCGUCCGACUCUGUCCCGAUCGCAAUCACCAAACUCUUGCACUCUUCCGCACUUGAUAGCGAGAUGGACGGGUACGACUGGGCGGAUGUAGCUUCUUACUUUAUUGCAAGGUUAUGGCGCACCCUGAUCACCUCAUAUACCGCGCUUGAUCUCACCUUGAUUUCGGACCGUCUGCCAGCUAUCGGAGGUCUCGCAAAGCAUAUGGCUGCCAGGCGAAAAUCUACGUAUCUGGCAGGGAUAUGGAAAGACACCAUUAACGAUGAUCUGCUUUGGAUCAUACGGACUACCCUCAAAAACCCGAGACCAAGUCCCCGGACCGCGCCGACGUGGUCUUGGGCUAGUGUUGACGCAAGUGUCGAUGUCUGGGACGCAGUGUUUUUCUGGGAUCCCGAUCUUGACUACGAGGAAGACUCCAGAGGCCUAUAUGAGCACUACAGCACCGUUCUGGACUGUCAAGUAACCCCAUCAGGUGUGGACAAUUAUGGCGGCAUAGCUCACGGGCUCUUGAGAAUAUCUAGCCUAACAGUAGACGGUGUGCUUGAACGAGACACCGUGAUUCGGCAUGGGAAGGAGACCGUGGUUCACUAUGUCGUGACAUCGACCGGCCGGUUCCAUAUCCAUGCCGAUUACUUUUUGGAUAGCCCUGGUCCAGACCAGGUUCUUCCAGGCGCAGAUGUCCUCUGCCUCGGAAUGAGCUUCGUCCAAGAUGGACCGAGUGACAAUUUCAAGCUUAUCUCACUCGCUUUGAGGGAAAGCACGCAGCAACCUGGCAAUUUUGAACGAAUCGAAUGCUUCUUUAUCCAGUCAACCUCCCCACCGAACGAUUUGCAGAAAAGCAUGUAUGCGGAUGGUAGCGUGCGUGUAGUGGAUAUUGUGUGA